AUGGCAGGGAAACAAGUAGUUGUCCGUCAAGUUUGGGCAAGCAACCUAAAAUCUGAGUUUUUCCAUAUCCAGAAAGUAAUUUGUCAAUACACUUUUGUUUCUAUGGACACUGAAUUCCCUGGCACCAUCUUCCAGUCAACUCUCAACAAGCAUUUUCUCUGCUAUGCUCCAGAUUGUACCUACUAUCUCAUGAAGCUCAAUUUCAACUUUAGGGAUUUCGAUCUGCAGAGUGAUCCCCAUAAUGCUGAGUCCAUUUACUUACUUGAAAAACAAGGAACUAAUUUAAAGAUGCAUAGAGAAAAGGGUAUUGAUUCUAGGGAUUUUGCCAAGUUGGUUCUUAGUUCUGGCCUUGUUUUCAACUAUUCCUUCACUUGGAUUACUUUUCAUGGUGCUUAUGAUUUGGCUUUCGUCAUUAAGAUUUUAACGCAACAAGACUUGCCCCGUGAUCUUCAAUCUUUUAUGGGGCUACUGAAGUUCCACUUGGGAGUUGCAGUUUAUGACAUUAAAUAUAUAACUUCUGUUCACGGCUUGCAUCGUGGAUUGGAAAGGGUAUCUAAGUUACUGGGUGUUAACUGA